GUCACCUGGUGUUCCAACUGAACCGCGAGUCACUCCGUAAGAACUUCACGUGAUAAGCGGCUGUGUGUUCUGUUCUUCUCCCGAAUCCAAGAUGGCCGCCACCUCUUUCUACGAUCUUUCGGCGAAAAAUGUUGCAGGGGAAGCGGUGUCGUUCAAGAAGUACCAGGGGAAGGUGGUGCUGGUGCAGAACACGGCGUCGCUCUGAGGGACGACCACCAGGGACUUCCACCAGAUGAACCAACUCAAGGAAGAGUUCGGCGACAAGCUGGAGGUCCUGGCCUUCCCCUGCAACCAGUUCGGGCACCAGGAAAAUACAACAGACGCAGAGAUGUUGGUAAGCCUGCGUCACGUCCGGCCUGGAAAUUGCUUCGAACCAAAGAUGGAGAUUUUUUCAAAAGUCGAAGUUAACGGUUCUAACUGCCAUCCUGUCUUCCAGUACCUGAAGGAGGCGCUGCCGAUUCCCUUUGACGACCCAGAGAGCUUCAUGAGCGACCCGAAGUUCAUCCUGUGGAGUCCCGUAUGUAGGAGUGACGUCGCGUGGAAUUUCGAGAAGUUUCUGGUCGGCAGGGACGGGAAGCCGUUCAGGAGGUACAGCAGAAGGUUCGAGACGAAGACGAUCGCCGAGGACAUCGCCAAGCUCCUGGUGUGGCCGAAGACGCCGGUCCCUAUCAGCAGCAGCGCAUUCCGUGACCUGCCCUAGCGAGGUCAAGCGAGGGACUGAGGAGAGGAUGGGGACUACGUGGGGAUUUUUUUUUUUUUUUUUUUUUUUUGGGGGGG